ACGAGUAAAGACCAAACUGCAAGUACUAAUUUAAAUUUUGCUUGUGAUAUAUAUGUAUACUUUUAAUUUUUGAUUCAUCUGCUGCGCAUCAGGCUGUUUUCAAUCUUUAUGUUGAGCCAAUUCAUAAAAGUCCGAAUAUGUAACAUAAGACGUUCUUGUAAAUUGAGAAAUAUAUGAAUGCGGGUGAAAGCAAAACUGAUAACAUAAUUCACAAUGAGUGGUGUGAACUGAAUUUACCAGAUGAGUAACGAUAACAUGCUAUUUUACCUUUCUUGACAAUAAUUUUCCCGUUACUCAAUAGAUACUCAAAAUGAUGAAGAUAGUCGCCGCUCUUGUUGCCUGCCUGGCUGUUACCGCCUUUGCCGAGCCUACCGGUCUGUAUGGUGGAAUUGGCGGGUUGAAAGGAGGACUGGGCGGAAUUGGCUACGGAAUGGGUGGAUUGUACGGAGGCCUUGGAGGUCUUGGAGGUCUUGGAGGUCUUGGAGGCUAUGGAGGUCUAUACGGAGGCAUGGGAGGUCUAUACGGAGGCAUGGGAGGUAUAUACGGAGGCAUGGGAGGUCUAUACGGAGGCAAAUACGGAUACGGCAUGGGAGGUCUGUACGGAGGACUCGGGGGCUAUGGUGGUCUCUACGGAAUGGGAGGAUACGGAAUUGGAUUGGGAAAAGGUAUCGGCUAUUAUUGAGUUAUUAUCACCUGCAGUGUGAUGCUGGCUAUUUAUGUAUUUUCUCAAACCAAUGGAAUUGGUUCA